CUUUCGUGUAACUAGGUUUGCCUUCUCUGGCUAUGGCGGACAUGCUCCCAGCUACCUGAAUUAUAUGCCACGCGUGGAUUAGGGUUUUGGCAUUUUCUCCGGGCGAUGGGAGAAGCGGGCAUCGCCGCCGGGGGAGCGCCAGUCGAUGAGCUCACGCAAGAUGGUAUGGCGCCUCCACACUCGAAUUCCAAUUCUCUGCCCGAUUCCGAUUCCAAUUCCAAUACUGGCUGCGCGGCGAAUCGGAGCUACCGAUGCGAGCUCCCGGCCGAGAAAGAGAUCGUCGCGAGAAUUGGGAGCUUCGUGGAGAGGUGUAAGAAGCUACAGGACGAAGCAUCGGUUCACAGUUCCAGGAUAAGGGCGGAAGCGCAAGUGUUGAGCCAGCAUGCGCUGGCUUACGAUGCCGAGAUUAAGAGCUUGAAGGGCGAGAUUGCUGCGCUGCUAGAGAAGGACAUGGUUGGAAAUCAUCUGGUGGAAAAGCUGGACGAUGAUCUCUACAGGGCCCGUAGCAUGAUCUACGAGGGUGAUGUCGCAGCUCUUCUUCCUCACAAGUCGAAUGGACUGUUUCUACGCCUCCUCCUGGGACCAGUGAACGUCCGAGCUACCCGGAAUGACGCGCGAUUUAAAGUGAAGGAAGAGUACAACACUUACAGGGACAGAACAGCAGUGUUGUUCUUGGCGUUUCCUUGUGUCCUCCUGUUACUCAAGAACUUUUUAUGGAGUGGCUGCUUCCCAGCUGUACCUGUGCAAGCCUACCAAGCAUGGCUGCUGUUCUUCUACACCAGCUUGGCACUGCGAGAAAACAUUCUUCGAGUGAACGGAAGCGACAUACGUCCAUGGUGGGUAUAUCACCAUUAUUUUGCCAUGGUUACAGCUCUUGUGAGUUUGACAUGGGGCAUUCAAGGGCACCCGUCGUGCGUUCGUAAACAGGAAGCUGUGAGACACUUUUUGUCUUGGGCGGCCAUGCAGGGAGUCUCGAUGCUACUGCAGAAUCGAUAUCAGCGACAGCGCUUGUACACACGAAUCGCUCUUGGAAAGGCUGGAAGAAUGGACGUGGUGUGGGGAGAGACCGCGGGGAUGAAGGGACAGAUCUGGGUGCUGUAUCCCCUGCUCUUCAUUCUCCAGGCGUUCCAGUUCUUCAUUGGUUUCAAACUGCUUAAAACUCCAAUGGUGGACAAAGAUUACGAUUGGCAGAUGGUGGCGUGUGGAGUGCUGCUGAUCGUGAUGGCUGUUGGCAACUUCGCGAACACCAUGGCCACUGUUGCGACCAAGGUGAAAGUCAAGUCUCGGAUGAAGAGAAAGUUGCAACGAAUGUCCUCCAAGACGUCCUAAACGCGGCGGCUUAGCAACACUAACAGCGAAAAUAAUGCGCGUCGAUGACUAGCCCAGUCAACGCCGGUCAGCAUAAUUUUUGGGUGGUAUUGGAAUAUGCGCGGUGUCUUGACAUACAUCGCUUGCGUGAGAAGUGUGUAUGAUGAGGCAAUGCCAGGCGCUUGCUUGUGGGAAUCAUGGAAGCAACUAAACGAUAGAAAAGAAAAGCUUGCAGGAAA